AUGGGGAAGCCAUUUAAGAAAAAGACACUCAAAGGAAGAAAUGGUAGAAAGUCAAAAUCUCCUCCUCAAGUGCCGAUCGUGAUUCAGGACGACAGCCUUCCUGCAGGUCCUCCCCCGCAGAUCCGCAUCUUGAAGAGGCCGACGACCAACGGCGUGCUUAGCAAUCCCAACUCCGCCAGCAGACCGGCCUUCCCCGUGAAAUCCUUGGCGCAAAGGGAGGCGGAGUACGCGGAAGCCAGGAAACGAAUAUUGGGCAGCGCGAGCCCUGAAGAAGAGCAGGAGAAACCCAUUCUAGAUAGGCCGCCGAGGAUCUCCCAGCCGGAAGACACCAGACAGCCCAACAAUGUGAUUAGGCAGCCGCUGGGUCCCGAUGGCUCGCAAGGCUUCAAACAGCGCAGAUAAAUGCGGGCGAGAGAUGCUUCUGCGGAAGGCAGGGUCCGCCGCCACGGGUCGCACUGCCGUGGCGGACAAACGGACUUGAGCAAAGGGAACUACCUGGUUUAUUUGCACUGUGAUCCCCUUUGCUCUGCCCACUGUGACCUUCAACCCCACGCACUGUGACCUCCCCUCUCCACCCACUGUGACCGGCAAACCGAGAAGGGCUGUCCCCGAGUCGCUGUAAAAGGAAAGGGGACGAGGGGAGGGGGUUAUAAAGGACUCGGACGGGUGCAGGGAGUCGUGUGUGUGCCACUUGGGUUGAAGCUAGCCCCAGCAAUAACGUUUGUUGUACUCAUAGCCUGGGAUUUACAGAAAGAAAAAAAAAAAAAUGGGAAGCCUCCCCAGACGCGCAUGUUGUCCUCAUCACUUUAAGAGCAAGUUCUGUUUCAAAGG